AUGGUGGUGGACAUGGUGGUGGACAUGGUGGUGGACAUGGUGGUGGACAUGACGGUGGACAUGGUGGUAGACAUGACGGUAGAUAUUGUGGUAGACAUUACGGUAGACAUGGUGGAAGACAUUACGGUGGUAGUCAUUACGGUGGACAUGACGGUGGACAUGGUGGUGGACAGGACGGUAGAUGUGGUGGUCAUGAUGGUAGACAUUAAGGUAGACAUUAAGGUAGACAUUAAGGUAGACAUUACGGUAGACAUGGUGGUGGACAUGGUGGUGGACAUGGUGGUGGACAUGGUGGUGGACAUGGUGGUAGACAUUACGGUAGACAUUACGGUAGACAUUACGGUAGACAUUACGGUGGACAUGGUGGUAGACAUGGUGGUAGAAAUGACGGUAGACAUGACGGUAGACAUGGUGGUGGACAUGGUGGUAGACAUUACGGUAGACAUUACGGUAGACAUUACGGUAGACAUUACGGUAGACAUUACGGUAGACAUUACGGUAGACAUGGUGGUGGACAUGGUGGUAGACAUGGUGGUGGACAUGGUGGUAGACAUGGUGGUGGACAUGGUGGUGGACAUGGUGGUAGACAUUACGGUAGACAUUACGGUAGACAUGGUGGUGGACAUGGUGGUGGACAUGGUGGUAGACACGACGGUAGACAUUACCGUAGACAUUACGGUAGACAUUACGGUAGACAUGAUGGUGGACAUGGUGGUAGACAUGACGGUAGACAUGACGGUAGACAUUACGGUAGACAUGGUGGUAGACAUUGUGGUAGACAUGGUGGUGGAUAUGGUGGUAGACAUUACGGUAGACAUGGUGGUAGACAUGGUGGUGGACAUGGUGGUAGACAUGACGGUAGACAUUACGGUAGACAUGGUGGUGGACAUGGUGGUAGACAUUACGGUAGACAUGAUGGUAGACAUGGUGGUGGACAUUGUGGUGGACAUGGUGGUGGACAUUUCGGUAGACAUUACGGUAGACAUGAUAGUGGACAUGGUGGUGGACAUGGUGGUAGACAUUACGGUAGACAUGAUAGUGGACAUGGUGGUGGACAUGGUGGUAGACAUUACGGUAGACAUUACGGUAGACAUUACGGUAGACCUGAUGGUAGAUAUUGUGGUGGACAUGGUGGUGGACAUGACGGUAGACAUGGUGGUAGACAUUGUGGUAGACAUGGUGGUGGACAUGGUGGUGGACAUGGUGGUAGACAUUACGGUAGACAUUACGGUAGACAUGGUGGUAGACAUGGACAUGGUGGUAGACAUGACGGUAGACAUGACGGUAGACAUUACGGUAGACAUUACGGUAGACAUGGUGGUGGACAUGGUGGUAGACAUAAUGGUAGACAUAACGGUAGACAUUGCGGUAGACAUUACGGUAGACAUGGUGGUGGACAUUACGGUAGACAUUACGGUAGACAUUACGGUAGACAUGAUGGUAGACAUGGUGGUGGACAUGGUGGUGGACAUUGCGGUGGACAUGGUGGUGGACAUUAUAGUAGACAUUACGGUAGACAUGAUAGUGGACAUGGUGGUAGACAUUACGGUAGACAUUACGGUAGACAUGGUAGACAUGGUGGUGGACAUGGUGGUGGACAUUGUGGUGGACAUGGUGGUGGACAUUACGGUAGACAUUACGGUAGACAUGAUAGUGGACAUGGUGGUGGACAUGGUGGUGGACAUGGUGGUGGACAUGGUGGUAGACAUUACGGUAGACAUGAUAGUGGACAUGGUGGUGGACAUGGUGGUAGACAUUACGGUAGACAUGAUGGUAGACAUUGUGGUGGACAUGGUGGUGGACAUGGUGGUGGACAUUACGGUAGACAUUACGGUAGACAUGGUGUUGGACGUGGUGGAGGACGUGGUGGUGGACAUGGUGGAGAUUUCCCCAUAG